UCUCUUUCUGACCGGCAGGUGGCGCAGGAGUCCGACUGCGCUGCAGCGCCAGCGGUGAAAACACGGAUCAUUAGCUUACUUCUGCUAAUAAAUCAGUUUCCUGUAGUCAAUAUCAGUGCAAAACACUUGAUGUGAUCCGCGGGGUGAAGUUUAGCGAGUCUCCGCUUUACAGAAAUCUGAAAUAUCUCUGACGGAGUGGCGGCUGGGUUUCAGCUCAACACUGAGCAGCAUUGUGGAGGUCUGGUUCCUCUCCGGUUCCUCUCCGUUGGUUCUCCUGCAGUGAGGACGAACUUCCUUUAACGCCUGCUAACAGAAAAUGCUGCAGAAAUGAUAGCGGCUCACGAGUUACACACCGAUUACACCUUCCCCCAUGAAACAGAUACUCAGUUCUCUUCAGAUACAGACUUGGAGGAUCCUGAGGGGCGGAGCCUCAAGCCUGGGAAAGGAAAGAAGGGGAAGAAGGCAGUGGUGCGUGCUCAGGGGCGAGUGAAUGGCCAUCAUCAGGAGAACGGCACAGAGAACCUCACACUGUUCGAGAUCGUCAAACUGGGCAAGAGUGCCACACAGUCAGUGGUAGAUGACUGGAUUGAGGCAUAUAAGAACGACCGAGAUGCUGCUCUGCUGGACCUCAUUAACUUCUUCAUACACUGCUCCGGCUGUAAAGGUGCCGUGAGUUCAGAGAUGUUUCGUCACAUGCAGAACUCUGAGAUCAUCAGAAGGAUGACUGAGGAGUUCGAUGAGGACAGCGGGGACUACCCCCUGACGAUGGCGGGUCCUGUGUGGAAGAAGUUCCGAUGGGGGUUCUGUGAGUUCAUCAGUGUCUUGGUGCGUCAGUGUCAGUACAGCAUCAUCUACGACGAGUACAUGAUGGACACGGUCAUCUCACUCCUCACCGGCCUGUCCGACUCGCAGGUCCGAGCCUUCAGACACACCUCCACCCUCGCAGCGAUGAAGCUGAUGACGGCAUUGGUGAACGUUGCUCUGAAUCUGAGCAUUAACAUGGACAACACACAGAGACAGUAUGAGACCGAGCGCAACAAGAGUCUGGGGAAGAGAGCCAACGACCGCCUGGAGCUUCUCCUGCAGAAACGCAAAGAGCUCCAGGAGAACCAGGAUGAGAUUGAGAACAUGAUGAAUGCCAUCUUUAAAGGCGUCUUCGUCCAUCGAUACAGAGAUGCGAUAGCGGAGAUCCGGGCGAUCUGUAUCGAGGAGAUCGGUGUGUGGAUGAAGAUGUACAGUGAUGCGUUUCUGAAUGACAGCUACCUGAAAUACGUGGGCUGGACCAUGCACGAUAAGCAGGGGGAGGUGCGGUUGAAGUGUCUCACUGCUCUGCAGGGUUUGUAUUAUAAUCGAGAGCUGAACUCCAGACUGGAACUCUUCACCAGCCGCUUUAAGGACCGGAUCGUGUCCAUGGCUCUGGAUAAAGAGUACGAUGUUGCAGUUCAAGCCAUUAAACUCCUCACCCUCGUCCUGCAGAGCAGUGAUGAGGUGCUGACGGCGGAGGACUGUGAGAGCGUAUAUCACCUGGUUUACUCCGCCCACCGCCCCAUCGCCGUGGCAGCGGGGGAGUUCCUCUAUAAAAAGUUGUUCAGUCAACGGGGUCCGGAGGAGGAGGGGCUGCCAAGGAGAGGGCGGCAGUGUCUGAAUGCAAACCUCAUCAAAACCACCGUCUUCUUCUUCCUGGAGAGUGAGCUGCAUGAACACGGUGCGUACCUGGUGGACAGUCUGUGGGAGUGUGGAUCAGAGCUGCUGAAGGACUGGGAGAGUUUCAUCAGCCUGCUACUGGACGAACCCUUUCCUGGAGAAGAAGCUCUAACAGACAGACAGGAGACGGCUCUGAUUGAGAUCAUGCUGUGUGCCGUGAGACAGUCGUGUGAGUGUCACCCACCUAUCGGCCGCGGCACAGGGAAGAGGGUCAUGACGGCGAAGGAAAAAAAAACACAGCUGGAUGAUCGGACCAAAAUCACUGAGAUCUUUGCUGUGGCUUUGCCUCUGCUCCUUGCAAAAUACUGCGUGGAUGCUGAGAAGGUGACGAACCUGCUGCAGUUACCGCAGUAUUUUGACCUGGAGAUCUACACCACGGGCCGACUGGAGAAGCACCUGGACGCACUUCUGCGUCAGAUCCGUGACGUGGUGGAGAAGCACACAGACACAGGCGUGUUGGAGGCGUGUUCGAUGACGUUCCACGCUCUGUGUAACGAGGAGUUCACCAUCUACAAUCGUGUGGACAUCACGCUGAGCCAGCUAAUGGACGAGCAGAUCGACAAGCUCAACCGCCUGCUCGACGACUUCCUCAACGAGGGAGAAGAGCCUGAUGAAGACGACGCGUUUCAGGUUUUAUCAACACUCAAGAGAAUCACGGCCUUUCACAAUGCCCAUGACCUGACUAAAUGGGAUUUGUUCAGCUGUAACUACAGACUGCUGAACACAGGACUGCAGAACGGAGACAUGCCUGAACAGAUAGUGGUCCACGCUAUGCAGUGCACUCAUUACGUCAUCCUGUGGAACCUGGCAAAAGUCUCAGAGGGCAGCUCCACAAAGGCUGACCUGGUGACCUUGAGGAAGCAGACGCGAGCGUUCUGUCUGAUGUGUCAGCGGUACCUCAACAGCCUCAGCAUGGCUGUUAAAGAGCAGGCCUUCACGAUCCUGUGUGAUGCGUUAAUGAUCUUCAGUCAUCAGAUCAUGGCGUCGGGUCGCGACGCUCUGGAGCCGCUGGUGUUCAGUCCGGACUCGUCCCUGCAGAGCGACCUGCUCAACUUCGUCCUCGAUCACGUCUUCAUCGAGCAGGACGAUGAUGGCAGCACUGAUGGACAGCAGGAUGAUGAAGCGGGGAAGAUCGAGGCUCUGCAUAAGCGCAGGAACCUGUUAGCAGCAUACUGUAAACUGAUCAUCUAUAACGUAGUGGAGAUGAGCACCGGAGCUGACAUCUUCAAACAGUACAUGAGAUACUAUAAUGAUUACGGUGACAUCAUAAAGGAGACAAUGAGUAAGACGAGACAGAUUGAUAAGAUUCAGUGUGCCAAAACCCUCAUCCUCAGUCUGCAGCAGCUGUUUAAUGAGAUGCUCAGUGAGCUAGGCUGUAACUUCGAUCGUUCUUCUGCGGCGUUCUGUGGGAUUAAAGAACUUGCCCGCCGGUUCUCCCUCACGUUCGGCUUGGACCAGCUGAAGACCCGCGAGGCCAUCGCUAUGCUGCACAAGGAUGGUAUAGAGUUUGCAUUUAAAGAGCCGAGUCCUCAGGGGGAGGGCACCCCCCCUCUCAACCUCGCAUUCCUCGACAUCCUCAGCGAGUUCUCCUCCAAACUGCUGCGCCAGGACCGCAGGACUGUUCACAUGUACCUGGAGCGCUUCAUGACGUUUCAGAUGUCCCUGCAGAGGGAGGAGUGCUGGCUGCCCCUCAUCUCCUACAGGAACUCUCUGCAGGCCGGGGCGGACGAUGACACGCUCUCUGUCCUCAGCGGCGUCAGUGGCCGAGGCUCCGCCCGCAGCAGGAAGCCCAGAGUAAACCCCGCCCCCUCCAAGAGGAAGCUGCCCGAGGAGGAGAGUAGCUGUAGCAGCACUGAUGCGAGUGUGUGGAUGGCUCGUGAGCAGCAGCCACAGACUCCCAUGAUGAUGUCACCGCCUCCUGUGAUGAUGUCAUCGCCCCACAUGACUUCCACCGUGCUGCGGGACGCCAAGAAGCUCCGCCCAGAGGAGGGAUACGUGGGCGUGUACACCAUGAGCAACCAAUCACAGCACAACACGAUACAGCAGCCACACACACCCAUCGACUACAAUACACAGGUAGCGUGGAUGUUAGCGCAGCGGCAGCAGCAGGAGAGAGCGAACAUCCAGAACGCCAAGAUGAGGAGUCACAUGCAGCACUCCAUUCGGCGGAGUGCAGGUCUGAUGGAGGACGAUGAAGAGCCAAUCGUUGAAGAUGUGAUGAUGUCAUCAGAGCAGCGACUGGAAGACCUGAACGAGGGGAUGGACUUCGACACCAUGGACAUCGACCUGCCAGCGUCCAAAAACCGGCGCGAGAGGACCGAGCUCAAACCCGACUACUUUGACCCCGCCUCCAUCAUGGACGACUCUGUGCUGAACGUGUCGAUGUUCUGAUGCAGUCGUCGCGGGAGCGAGAACCAGGGCCAACGCGCUUUGCUCACUUCCUGUUCUCCAGCUGCGUGGCGAGGCUGCACUUCCUGUUUCCCGCCUUUGUGUUGUUGCCAGCGUGUGGGCGGAGCUAGCGGAGCCGCGGUUCUGCGCCGCUUUUUCUUUUAUUUUGUUUUUAUAACUUAUAGAGAAACAUUUUUUGAUGUUUAGAUGAUUUUAUAAAGACAAUCAGCUGUAAAUCAGAACUUUAUAAAGCGAGUGAGGAUUUAAAUCGCCUUUUUAACUGACCUCCCUUACACACGUUACUUUAUCGUCCUAUAGUCUUUCAGUCGCCAUAGUAACAACACUCCAGGACAGAAGCUGAUUGGCUGUCAGAGUCGCAUUAUUAUAACAAUCAGAUUUAUCAGGAACAUUUCAGCCACAAACGGAGCGUCUGCAGCGUCUCUUUACUCGCGGUGUAGUCCUUCAGCUGGCUAACGCUGAUGUCGCUAACAGGUAAUCGGAGCGCGUGGCCACCGGUUCAGCGUUAGACUCGGGUCGGGGGGCGUGGCCUACAUCUAGGGGGUGGGACCUUCAGCCUGAGUGUUAGAAUUGAUCGAGAUAAUAGAUUUGUAUAUUUAAAUUAUAAAACCGACCGUAACAGAACCGGUGUCACAGGAAGUGACUCUGAUGAUUUAGUGCUAGUCUGGUGGCUGUAAGCUGCGGUUACGCGUUAGCUACGUUAGCGCUGUAGCUCCGCCCAGGUGACGGACUGCGUUUGUGUGAAAGGGACGUGGGGUUUUUUUUCCUUUUUUUUUUCUCAGAUUACUUCACGGCCUCUCAGAUUGAACUCUUUUAUUAUCCAUUAUAAUAUUAUAAUAUAUUGUUAUAUAUCUAUUAAAUAUAUAAUUCUAUAUUAUUCUACACAAACUGUGUGAAAAUGUGAAUUGGUGCUGAUUUAUUUUGUAUUUAAGUUUUAUUUUAUUCUCCAUUAGAAUGUAACACUUCAGCAGAAGGAAAAAAAUCUAUAAUCUUAAAUUCUAGUUUUAUUUGUGCUUGGCUUUUGCUUUGUUUGUUUCUUUAUUUUGGAGUUUAAUCAUAAAUCAUGAAAAGCUUAUUGAUGAGGGGGUGUGCUGUUUCCAUGGUGACGGUGAGCGUGUAAUCAGGGUGAGGGUUGCCGGGGCUGAGGGCGCGGCAGUGCGUAUUCAUGGGUUUGUUUAUAACUAUUCGUCACAGUUUGGUUUAGACUCCGCCCUCUUUAUCCAUGUGUAGAACUGCUGAAAGACUGUGUGUGUGUGUGUGUGUGUGUGUAAGAUAUUGGACUGUAUAUAAGUGUUUUUUAUUCUAUUUACAAAAGAAAAAUGUCCGCUGUUGCAUUUCCUGUUUGUAUUUAUGUCUGGAGAAAAAACUUUUGGAACAAAAUAAACCCUCGGCUGUGAUUUCA